GGCGGGGUCCCUUGGGUACUUGGACCACUGCUGUUCACUGACCAACCGGUCUACUUUUGCCUGACUCUACUCGUCGGGAUACAGAUACCCGGCCAACGCAUCCCUUUCUUCCUAUACCUUCUUCGGCGCCCCUGGUCCUUUACUUUAAUCAACAAGGCUGCUUUCCCUGCUAACCCUUCUGGGGGAUACGGUAAGCACGUCCAGUGUAGUUUACCUAACUAUUGGGAUCCAGUUACAGUAGUUGAUGGGUCGGUUGAUGAAAGUCUUCUCUCACGCCUAGAAUUUCAUGGGAAAGCACACCCGCGAUUCAAUCAAAGAUCAGCCACUUUCAUAGGAUUGGUUCAUCUCAUACCUUCCCGCUACACCGCCCCCAUUCAGUGGUUCCCUGCCCGACCCAAUCUUAUGGAAUCUUCCUUCUUGUCUCCAAAGGGCUUGCCU